AAUGCUGUAUUCUACUAAUAUAGCGUUACCAAGUUAUGCAGCGGGCCCAGCAGCAGAUGAUGCAGAACUGCUAUCUUCAGCAGCAGUACACAACAGCCUUGCAGCACCAAGCAACUUUGCAGCAGAUGAUGGCACAAGUGUCUGUUCAACAGGUGGCUUUACAACAACAGCAACAGCAACAGGCUCUGGCACAUAUGCAGCAAAAGCUUCAAGCUCAACAAGUUCAGCCCCAAUCCCAACAGACAGCGAAGCUAUUAUCACUAACACCACCAUCUUCACCAAAGAUGCAGCGAGCAGGCCACCGGAGAAUCGUCAGUGAUGUCCCAUUCAGUAGUAUGUUUGGAGUCCCUGCCAGUCGUUCCUCUCAACAACUGGCAGCAGCUGCUGCAGAAGCGAAUCUUUACAAAUCAAAGUCAGCUUCUACAAGUCCUGCAGGAUCGCCCAAAGCCUCCGAGCAGAACAUUUACAAUCCACCAGAUCUCUCGGUUUGGAAUCCUUUCGGAGAUGACAAUUUUUCCAAGUUAACAGUAGAAGACCUUUUAGAUAAAGAGUUUGCUGAGCUUCGAAAUGAUAAAACUGCAGAACUGGAGAAAAUGCCCACUGAAAAUUUACUUCCAGAACUUCAUCCCAGCAUGACUCCACCCCAAACAGAUUUAUUUGGGGCUUCACCUUUUGUAUCUGGAGCAGUUGACCUGUUGAUUUGUUUUGGAAACGGUAACUGUACUGGGGAUAACUCAGUUUCACAUCCCAGCAUCCUUGCACCUGCUUCAGCUGACAGCGCUGACCCUUUUACCCCUACUGUAUCUUCUAAACAGACUGGUGGUCAUUCAAAGAACCGCAGUGGGAGUUCAGAGAACAGUCUUCCUGGUCUAGCUAGGUCUUUUCUGCUUGUGGAUCAGCUUAUUGACCUUUAAUGACCCUGCCAUUAACCUAUCUGCAUAUUACUUGCCUGCACCCUUGAGUAGAAACCCCAUUCCAAAGAAAGCAUGGUAAAAUCAAAAUACCUCAGUUGAAUGCCACGCCUACCAAGACAUGAUUGUAACAAGAUGCAAUGGAGAUUCUACUAAAACAUAAAUGACUAUUUAUCAAGGCCUUCCUUCACCUUGUACCUGCCUGUGUGCCGUUAAAAUGCAUAUACCAGAAAACUGCUUGGAAAACCUUCCACCUUUUAAAACCUGCCGAAAUCCUCUUCCUACCUUCCUGUCUUGUGUUGUGAUGAAUUUUUGCAGGAACUUGGCUCAAUAUACCUCAGCAUUUUUGUGCAUUGUAUGGUAAAAGUGUGCAUUGCUCUAAUAUUUUUUAGUUCCGCUAAUGAUUGAUUAGUUAAUUUGAAACUGCAGUACUGAAUACCUUGUUUGUCUUUGAGUUUAAUUUUGUAACUUGGGAACGAUUUAAGUUAACAGUGCCUGGAUUCUACUACCUGAACUUGUAGUGGCAUUGAGGACUGAUACUAACUUGCAUGACACUUACCUACAUACCAAUGUGAAAACAUGCAGCUUAUUUUGCACUGCUUUAAUUACUUUGCCUUUGUUUGCAAUGCAGUAAUAAUGUUCUUCAGUUAAUUGGUCACUUUUGCUGUCAAGUACUUUGUAAAGAUACUUUUUUUUCCUGCUAACAUUGCUUUAAUUUCAUUACCUGAAUGUUAAUAGCAGAAUUUCAAUUAUUUGUUAUUUAGUUCUUCUUUCCAUUUGUUAUUUUGAAUUUCAACUUGAAUAACCUGUUUUAACUUGAUGUACAGCCAUACAAAUGAAGUGUCAUCUAGUCACAUGGGGCUAAGUAGCAUUGAGUGCAAUAUAUCAAUGCUGCAUACAAGUAAUCUUCCAUAACAUGAUUUUAAAAGUUGCUUUUUAUUUGCAGUAAGUUCUUUAUUUUUGACUAGAGAGUAAAACAACCUUUGUCGAUGGUGUAAAAAAAUGUUAUACAUUUGUCUAAUUCUAUCUUUCCUACAUUUUGUUCUAAACCACAUGAGGAUUUUGAGAUUUCAAUAUAGAUUGAAUUAAUCCCCAAACUUUAUUGUACAACUCUUGGGAGUAAAAGAGAAAGUAAUCAUUUCCAUUUAUUCAGUAUAGAAUUUGGCUCUCGAUUUAGCCAGAUUUCAAAUGAUCAUAUUUUCAACUACUGUUUUUGUAGGAUUAUUAAUCAAAGUAGCUAUAAUGAAUACCAAAAUAGAAGCUUAGUUAUUUGAAUGAUGGCUAUUGUGUAUCUUAAAUAGGUGAUGAGCUUUUACAAAAGGUGACUCAGGUAACUUUGCUAGAUAAAUGUAGAUUAGAUAAAUGAAAUAGCAGUAAAGUUACAACUUCCAGGUUAGCUGUAAAUAUUUCAAAUAGGGCUGAAGAUAAUGAUGGAAUAGUCAUCUUCCUGAUGUCUUAUGUCUGAUAUGAGGACUGUUACUAGAUGUCUCAAUGUGCAAUGUUGACUAUUUAAUAAAUUGCUUGGUUUAACAGGGUUUUUUAGAAUAUAAAGCUUUGCACUAUUUUUUUCAUUGUGAUUAAAUCUCAGGAUAGAUCCUGCUUCCCUGUUUAUCAAGUAGCUAUUACUGGUGAGUGUGAGCCUGAAGUGUGAUGCAGUAUUUCUGCACUUGUUAUUUUGAAUGUGUUACCACUAGGCUAGUGUUGAAUGACUGCAACAAAUGGAUGACUAAAAUGUGAUUAUUUAAAACAUACAUAUGUUGUAAAUAAAUUUGAAAACAUUUUCACAUUUACAUUAAAUAGUGCUUUCCUGGUUUAUUAAUUUUGUAUAUCUGCACCAUGCUAUUUACAGCGGAAAUGUUUGUUAGAGUUUUGUGCUGUGCAAGAACAAGGGACAGUCUGAGUUAUGAUUGUAUCUACUAAGAGUAUAGAAUUAUGACAUUCCAAAUGCAGUCAAAUUUCAGGGAGAAUAUCUUACCUUUUUAUAUUUUAAAAAAAGAGUCUCUGGAUAUGGCCAUCAAUGAUACUAGCAUUCAUUGCCAAUCCCUACCUGCACUUCAGAGGUGGUGCUGAGCUGCCACUUUGAACCACUGCAACUUCUGUAAUGAGGGUAAGUGUUAUUAGGGAGGCAGUUCCCAGGAUUUUAAUCCAGUGUUGCUGAACGAAUAGUGAUAUAUUUCCAAGUGAGGAUGGUUUGUGACUCGAAGCAAAUUAGAGGUGAUGUUCUCUUUCUUUUCUUGCUCUCUUUGUCCAUCUGAGUAACAGGGUUGUUGGUUUGAAAAAUACCUUCGGAGAAACAAUUUUGUAGUAUUUCUUAACUUUCUGGAGCAUUUGUAAUUGUAGUGAAUUAUUCAACAUACCAUUUUGUGAUUUGUAAAAUUCAUAUUAUAAUCAGGAUUGGUAUCAAUUUAAAAAUUUUGCUGAUAUUGAACAACUCAAUAAAUUGAUAAGAGGACUCAGGAAAUCAAGUUACUUUAUUUUAUAUACCAGUAUGGAGAGCCAGUCUUAUCAUGGAAAUAUGUAAAGUGCUGUCUGGUAGGUUACAAAAUAGCUUAAAGCUUAAUCCACAUCAUUGCAACAUCUGUCUCACGUUACUUGCUUUUUAUCCCCCAACACACUACAGGCACCGUCUGUAUUUCACCCAAGACUGGCUCUAGUUUGCUGAUAAUGCAGCUCCUCUACUUUUACCCUUCCUUCCUUCAUAUGUUUUAGUUCUCAUCUAAAACAUAGAACUGUACAGCACGGAACAGGCCCUUCGAUCCAUGAUAUUGUGCUGAACAUGCUGCGCUGCGAAACUAAACUAAUCCUUUCUGCCUGCUCAUGGUCCAUACCCCCCAUUCUUUGCUUGUUCACUUGUCUAUUUAAAAGACCCUUAAAUGCUCCUAUCAUUUCUGUCUCCACAACUACCCUCGGCAGUGCGUUCCAAACACCUGACACUGUGUAAAAACAAUUAACUUGCCUCCCAUAUCUCCUUUGAACCCCCCCCCCCCACCUUAAAUGCAUGCCCACUAGUAUCUGACAUUUCAACUCAGAGUUGACAAUCUUUUUUCCCAAUCUAUGCCUCAUAAUUUUAUAAAACUUCUAUUAGGUCUUCCUUCAGUCUCCACCACUCUUGAGAAAGCAACCCUAGUUUGUCCAGCCUCGCCUUCGAGCUCAUACCCUCUAAUCCAGGCAGCAUCCUGUUAAACUUCUGCACCCUC